AUGUGGCGAUUCCCAUUGCGAGGGUCUAGAGUUUCUGUGGGGAUCGGGCUGCAAACCCUAGACCGUAAACCUUUGACUAAGUCCAUAGUUGCAGUCUACAAGAUCCUCCAGACCCCAAAGCUCCACAGACACAUCCCAUACACUCCCUUCUGCAGCGCAGCAGCAGCCCAGGUCAACAGGGAGCCGCAAAGGAGCAGCAGCAGCAACAGCAGCACGAGGGCCAGCAGCAGGUACUGGCAGGACGUCAGUACUUCUACUGGAACCGACAUAAACAGCAGUGGCGCGCAGGGCAACCGCCGCCGCACCAGCAAAUUCAGCAGCGGCCGGGACCCCGACAGCAGCAGCAGCAGCAGCAGCAGCCGAGGCAACCCUCGUCUGUCGCUUUUUUACAAGGACGUCAUCUCUCUGUCUUCUUCUCAAGAGGUUCUUUCUUUCGCAAACAGAAUAAUCGCAUCUUACGCUCUGAAUAGACACGACUUGCUGCUGCUGCUCCAGCAGCUCGCAGUCCUGCAGCACGUACGCAGCAGCAGCAGCAGCUUCAACGCUUUCUGGAUUAGAGCAGCAGCAGCUUUGCAGGCGCACAAAACGGAUGCACACCUUCUGCGCCUCUCUUUUCUCUACCUUGCAGACGCCAAGUGCGCCAACGCCGUGGUUGACCUCCUGCCUCUGCUGCACCCGCAUGUGGCGACGUUCACUGUGCUGGAGCUGUCGGACAUAUUUUGGCGCUUUUCUGUCCUCUCUCUUUCCUUACAGCGUGCUGCUGCUGCUGCUGGCCAAUCGAAAUUAAAAAUUAAAUUCGACGACGCACCAAAGCUCUUUCAACUGGUUGUCGACAAAGCAUGUGAGGUGCUGGGCCGCGUCGAAGCCUCCGAGGGAUUAGGGUUUAGGGUUUUCUCUCCCUCACAGACUGGGUGCGUCGACGACUUGUCAUUCGAAGAAAUUCAAAUUCUGCUGCAAGUCUUUGAGGCGAUUGGAAUGGCAGAUCCUGCAUUCACUGCGACACUUCAAACGGAGCUGCAGCGCAUCGCCACUUUGACUGGGGGUCACUCGAAUACCGCAGCGCCACGCCGGAAGAAGUUUAAGACGAAAGAAAAGAGGGUAUCAAUGACAGACCCUCUCCCGUCCUACUCACCAAACCGCAAACCCUAA